GGAAGUUACAGCUGCAGCUGCUCUCACUACCGAGCGGCAGAUACUAAACUCUUUCCAGAGAUAUUGCCGUGAAGUGACGACAAAGAUGACUUUGUGCUGCAGUGACAAUUGAUGACAUCAAACGUAUCACCAUAUUCAUCAAAAUGAGGAUUUGUCGGGCGGAAUAUAAAACCAUUGCGAGAUACACAGACCAACUUCGACCAACAAGACAGUGUAUGCAAAUGCUCAAGGAGAAAUUUCCAAAUCACUCGCAGUCCACUCUUCUGAGCAUCUUCUCCCUGGAGUACCAGAAAAGGAUGAAAAGAACCAUAUCCAAACACCACGCCCCCGACGUCAUUGAAGCCUACUUCCAGAGGUACCUGACUGAAGCCAAGAAGCGUCCCUCGUCCCCUGUCCUACUGGAGAUCGCUAAUGAGGUGGACCUGUCGCCCGCCCUGCUGGCUCGCCUGGUGGUGGAGCGCUUCUUACAGGAUCAGGAGGGCACGGCAUUUUCGAAGCAGGUCCUGAACAACAUGCUGAGAGAGCCAUCUUUGAUCCCAGAUCUCCCUUUAGCUAAUCACGUGGCUCAGUGCACAAUAAAUGACUGCUGUUAUGGACCGCUGGUUGACUGCAUCAAACACGCCAUUGGACAGGAGCACGAGGUUCUGCUCCGAGACAAGCUGAGCGAGAAGAACCUGUCCUUUUUAGAUGAAAACCAGCUACGGGCCAAAGGCUACGACAAGACGCCUGACAUUAUUCUAGAGGUGCCAAUAGCUGUGGAGGGACACAUGGUCCACUGGAUCGAGAGCAAAGCCUCGUUUGGAGAUGACCACAGUCACCGCACCUACCUGAACGAGCAGUUCUGGAGCUACUGGAACAGGUUCGGACCGGGCCUGGUGAUCUACUGGUACGGGUUCAUCUCGGAAUUGGACUGCCAGCGGGACAGAGGGAUCCUCCUUAAAGACUGCUUUCCCUCCGACAUUGUAACCCUCUGCCCCAGGACCAGCCAGAGCUGACACCACUGCAGGGGAGGGGCCAAAAGGGAGGGAGGUGUGUGUGUAUGUGUGUGUGUCUGUGUGUCUGUGUGUCUGUGUGUGUGUGUGUGUGUGUGUGUGUGUGUCUGUGUGUGUAGGGAGUGCAGGGAAAAGUUCCCUGAGAGGAUGGUGUGUAUGUCUGUGUGUGUGUGUCUUGAGUGUGUAUGUACUGCGGAUGCGAUGGAUGAGGUGUCUGCUGAGACGCAGGG